AGAGGCAAUGAUCAGCAGAGAUUGCAGAAGGAAUGAAUGUUCUAUUUGGUCUCCAGAAGGCGGUGGAGCUUGGAAAGGAUAAUGUUAUUGUGGAAUCAGGCUGCAGGAAGGUAGUGAGUCUGCUCAAAGGGGAGACUGACACUAGAACGGAGCUGGGAGUGGUAGUCAGAUGUAUAAAAGAGAUGGAGAAGGAGAAAAUGUGCUUAAUUGGUUUUUCACUUCUAGAGAAGCAAACAGUGCAGCUAGAAGAUCAUCCAGACUCCCAAAUCGUCAACCUGACAGUUCGAUAAGGCGUAAUGAGUUUUCCCUUGAAGCUAGAAGACAUGGAUGGCACUCAGGAAUCAGGCUCUGUGGAUGCUGCCGAGUCAGAAGCAAGGACAAGGAAAGUAGAAGCAGGCGAGGUAUGGAUGACAUGGAUAUUGAUAUGUAA